CAAAAAACAAUCCACAGAAAAGGGUUUGGAUUUCUUUCUCGUCCCCAAAAUUUUCCCCCUUUAAUCCCCAGCGCUCUCGGACUUGAGCUUGCCCUAGCCUCAAUCCCUCGAUUCCCCAAUGACGACCAUGAGCGAUGAUGGAGAUAGGACCUGCCCUCUCUGUGCUGAAGAGAUGGAUUUAACUGACCAGCAACUAAAGCCAUGCAGAUGUGGAUAUGAGAUAUGUGUUUGGUGUUGGCAUCAUAUAAUGGAAAUGGCUGAGAAAGAAGGUGCAGAAGGGCGAUGUCCAGCAUGUAGAACAACAUAUGACAAGCAAAGGAUUGUCGGAAUGGCUGCUAACUGUAAAAGGAUGGUGGCUGAAAUAAGUUCGGAGAAAAAGCAGAAGCCCCAAAAGCCAAAAAGUAAAUCCUCAUCAACAGUAGAGGAUAGGAAGCAUCUUAGUAGCGUACGUGUGGUGCAGAGGAACCUUGUAUAUGUAAUGGGAAUGCCUUCUAAUUUGUCCGACGAAAAUAUUCUUGAGCGGAAAGAAUACUUUGGUCAGUAUGGUAAAGUUUUAAAGGUGUCAGUUUCAAGACAAGCUGGCGCGACUUCCCAACAGGCAGCUAACAACAAUACUUUUAGUGUGUAUAUAACAUAUGCCAGAGAGGAGGAGGCUGUCCGAUGUAUUCAAGCUGUCCAUAAUUUUGUAUUAGAAGAUAAAGCUUUGAGAGCAUGCUUUGGUACUACAAAGUAUUGCUACACUUGGUUGAGAAACAUGACUUGCAACAAUCCAGACUGUUUAUAUUUGCAUGACAUAGGUAGCCAGGAGGACAGUUUCACUAAAGAUGAGAUUAUAUCAGCAUAUACAAGGAGUCGGGUUCCACAAAUUCCUUCAAAUAAUUUGCAACCACGUGCUGGAAAUGUGUUGCCACCUCCGGUAGAUGACUUGUACUGUAACGGAGCAGUUCCCAAUAAACAAGCAAUAAAGAAUUCCUUCAAUGUUAAAAGCUCUUCCUUCGAUACAAGUGGUGCAAGGUCUACUGUUCUUCCGGCAGCUGCGUCAUGGGGAAUGCGUGCUUCAAGUUGCCGGUCACCCUCUUCAGAUAGCAUAAGCUCUCAAACUUCUCUUAAGCAGAAGAUAGAAGUCCUUGAUAGUUCAUCUAGUUCUUCAAUGGUCUCAGGCACAAAACAGAAUUCUGCAUGGCAUGACAAUGCAAUUACCCCUUCAAAGGUUCCUGAAGGAAAGUCUUUGGUGCACACAGAUGGUAGAUCUAAGCUCUUGGAACCUUUCAGACGUGGUAAUGGGAGGGAUCAUCUAACAAAAGUAUCAGAUGUGUCAUCUAGGUCUUCCCUGGAUGUUGACCAUAGUUCUAUUUCUGCAUGGGAUGAUGACAUUCCGGUGGCCAAGUUACCUAAUGGAAAGCAAACAAUGCAUGUUAACGACAGCUUUAGGAAUAAAGAAAUGUCUAGACGCAUAAAUGCAACAUCUGUUUCGAACGUAGGAGAAGAUAUUAUCUUGGAUGAAUCUCGUCAUUCUGCAUGGGAUGAUGACACUGUUUUUACAUCUAACAUGCCAGCAGAGAGGCAGAUUGUACAUAAUAAUGACAUUUGGCCCUCAGAGACUUUGGAGCCUGGUGUUACAUUUUCUAAAACAUCUAUUUCAGACGUGACAUCAAAGGCUUUGCCUGAUGUAGCUCAUGCUUCUGGAGUUUCCGUUAGUUGUUCAUCUGGUCAGCUUGCCCUGCAACAUGAAAACAGUGACAGAAGUCAUACUGCAUCUACUGUCAAUAGCGGCCCCGUAAAUAUCACAUGUUCUGAAGGUGUUGGUUGUGAAUUGAGUAGCUCCUGUCUUGAUACUAAUAUUACUAUAGCUGUUAAUGGGAAUGCAGAAAGUUUAUGCUUGGGGUUGUCUUCAGUAAAUUUGGAUACCCCUCUUGGCAUUGAUCAGAUAAACCAGCAUCAACAGCAUAACUCAAUUACUGAUCAGCAUGUAGAUGAAAAUUUUGGGAAUUUAAGUUCGAGGCUGCAUCAACAUUAUCCUGAAAAUGGGGCAGAAAGCUCAACUUCUUUUCAUGUGAAUAAUGCUCCUGUAAUUCCUGAUGCGCAUGUCCAUGGAAAGUUGUCUGAUUGGAAAUUAGAACCGCAGAAGCAAGUUUUAUCAUCUACCAUAAAUGGGAUUGGAGAUGCAACUGCAAUUGAUGAUCCGAGACACAGACUUUCUGAAAUUACCAAUUUAUCAUCUUGUGCCUCGUAUAAAAAUUACUCUUCUGAUGUUUCAAAUUCAAAUCAACUAACCAGCAAUUCUCAGAGUGGUGUUAAACUGUUCUCUGAUGGAGAUUCUAGAAUUUUGGGGGCACAAGUAAAUAAUCACUCUUUAUAUUCGAAUGGAUACCAUGAGCAAAUACCAAGUAGUUUUGUUAAACCUGAGAGCGUAUGUGAGUAUCCUAGUACUGGCUACACUGGCAAAGAGGUGUACUCAAGUAGUUUUGAUAACAUAUUAAAUAUGGAGGGGACUGCAACUGUAGAUACCAAAGAGGAACACAUUGUAUCAAAAAUGCUCUCGUCAGACUUUGAUAUAUGGGAUAACUCAUGGUCUUCUGCUAACGAUUUUGCUAAACUUCUUGCCCAAAUGAACAAACAGGAGGGACCUUCUAAACAGUCAACCUCAUGGAAGCCACAAAAUACUAACCAGUCCAGGUUCUCAUUUGCGAGGCAGGGAAAUCAAUCAAACCUUGUAGACAUCGCUUAUAGGGACACAGGUUUUGCACAGCAGCAAGUCCCCUCAAAUCAAGAGGCAUAUGGAAGUUGCUUUGGAAAUGAUUUCCCUGUCAGUAAUUUUGAUCAUCUCAAUGCGAGCAGCUCAACCAUCUCUUCUGAUACUAAUGCAGGUAUCAUGAGGUCUAAAAUAUCUGCCCCACCUGGAUUUUCUGCUCCUAAUAGGGCUCCACCUCCAGGCUUUUCAUCUCAAGAUAGAUAUGUCCAGUCUUUCAGUACAUGCUCAGAUUCACAAUUGCUUGGAAGUGCACUUCAAAAUCAGUUUCAAGUACAUGCGACCAACAUUGUUGAUGAUGUAGAAUUUAUUGAUCCAGCAAUUCUUGCUGUUGGCAAAGGAAGGCUACCUAUUGGAGUAAAUAAUACAGGAUUAGGUUCCAGGCCUGCUUUUCACCAACAACUAAACACAUCAGAGAGUGAUGCAAGAAUCCCGUUGUUGAUGCAACAAUCUAUUUCUGCUAACCAGGACCCAAGAAUUCCUAGCUAUAUUGGAGAUAGAUUCUCCCAACUCAAUGAUGCUUAUACAUCUUCCAGAUUUUCAGCACAGAAUUCUAGCUUAUCUCAAUUUUCACAGAUACCACACCAGCAACCCUCACGCACUCUAAAUGGCCAGUGGAGCGGUUGGAAUGAUAUACAG